AACAAGCAAGACAAGAAGACAAAAGCGUUCCCAUUUCCUGGAAUUCAUUUUGAUAUUUUAUAUGAUCAGAGGCAUUGCAUUUGACUUAGUGUUCCUCCUAAGAGUGUCCUUUGACCUCUCUGUGUGAAUGCCCAGCGUCCUGUAUAAUUUAGCAUGUCCCGGUUCUUGUUUUCUAUCUUCAAUACUUUGCACAGUGUCUGACAUCCAAAGACUGUAGGUCUCUAUUUCCUGCAUAAAGGAAAGCUUUGAGUCAAAUUACCUUGAAAUAAAAUGCUGCUGCUGUUUUAUGGGACCUGUUGAUUAUUAAUACCUCCUGCAUGUAUGUUUCCCCUCCAUUUGACAGGUUAUAAAAUUCCUGUCAUAGAAAAUCUAGGAGCUACCUUAGACCAGUUCGAUGCUAUUGAUUUUUCUGACAACGAAAUCAGGAAACUGGAUGGCUUUCCUUUGUUGAGAAGACUGAAAACCUUAUUAGUGAACAACAACAGAAUAUGCCGCAUAGGUGAGGGGCUUGACCAGGCUCUGCCCUGUCUGACAGAACUCAUUCUCACCAACAACAGUCUUGUGGAACUGGGGGAUCUGGACCCUUUGGCAUCUCUGAAAUCACUGACGUAUCUAAGCAUCCUAAGAAACCCUGUCACAAAUAAGAAGCAUUACAGACUGUACGUCAUCUACAAAGUCCCGCAGGUUCGAGUCCUCGAUUUCCAGAAAGUAAAAUUAAAAGAGCGUCAGGAAGCAGAGAAAAUGUUCAAGGGCAAACGGGGUGCACAGCUUGCAAAGGAUAUUGCCAGGAGAAGCAAAACCUUUAAUCCAGGUGCUGGUUUGCCAACUGACAAAAAGAAAGGUGGCCCAUCUCCAGGAGAUGUGGAAGCAAUCAAGAAUGCUAUAGCCAACGCAUCAACUCUGGCUGAAGUGGAGAGGCUCAAAGGAUUACUGCAGUCUGGGCAGAUCCCUGGCAGAGAACGCAGAUCAGGGCCCACCGAUGAUGGUGAAGAAGAGAUGGAGGAAGACACUGUUGCAAACGGGUCGUGAGCGAUAAACUGUCCUGGACAAGUCUUGGUUUUGGAAUGUGGGUUUGUGGCAGCAAAGUGAAAUCUAUCAGCAUUAUUGAAACACUUUAAACUGCUGAUUUUUUUUUGGGGGGGUGCUAUGUUUGGAAACGUAAAUGUCAGUUUUCUACAAAUAGUGAAAAUAAAAGUCACAUACAUAGCAAG